CUCCCAGUUGCAGUCUUGUUUCUGUAGGCAAGAAGGUAAACGACUUUCCACCCCCAGAGGCAAGUUGCCAUUUGGAAAGUCUGGGUUGCCGCCCCCUCUUUUUCUCUGGUUAAGUGUAGUACUUUUUUUUUUGCACAGUAGUUGCUGUAAAAACUCUGAGCGGGUUAAGGAUGACAUCCCAUCAGCUCUCUUUGAGGUUAAUGGGGUUGGCUGUAUUACUGACAAUUGUUGCUCUUAGAGACGUAUCCGGUGACAGCAGCUUGCACAAGAUCUUAAGGAAAAGAGAUGUGGCAAGAGCUGGAACUCCCCCCUCAAAGUCCUCUGUUGCCGUCCCAUCUUCCAAGGCUCAAGAGUUCCUUGCCAAACUAAGCAGAACCAAGAGGAAUAUUUGGGAUCGCAGUAGACCAGACGUACAACAGUGGAUUAUGCAGUUCAUGUACAUGGGAUUUGAUGAGCAGAGGCUGGAGACUGACCUGUUGUACUGGAUGGACCAUGCUCGCUCCACUGAUCAGGGGCGUCAGCACCACUACGACGAAAACGCCCCCAUCGGCCCACGUGACUCUGGUUCUUACAGACACGGCGCUAAUGUCAACUAUGACUACUAUUAACUGCAUCUGUUGGUUUUAAAUCUGCAAAUAUCCAAAUACCCCACAGCU